UACUCCACUCAAAAACAAAAAAAAUCUCGGCACCGAGAGAGAGAGAGAGACAACCAUGGCGUCGAAGCUCUGCGACUCGUGCAAGUCGGCGACGGCGACUCUGUUCUGCCGCGCCGACACGGCGUUUCUCUGCGGCGGGUGCGACGCGAGGAUCCAUUCGGCGAACAAGCUCGCGUCAAGGCACGCUCGUGUUUGGAUCUGCGAGGUCUGUGAGCAAGCUCCGGCUCACGUCACCUGCAAGGCCGACGCAGCCGCUCUCUGUGUCACCUGCGACGCCGACAUCCACUCCGCUAAUCCCCUCGCUCGCCGCCACGAGCGCGUCCCUGUCACGCCGUUCUAUGAUUCUCCUCCGGCGACCAAGCCGCCGGACUUUCUCGACGGCGGAGAUGAUGGCGAUGGGGAUGCUGAGGCGGCCUCGUGGCUUCUUCCGAAUCCUGAGAAGGAAGGGAUUGAGAAUCCGUAUUUGUUCUCCGAUGUGGAGCCGUAUCUGGAUUAUCCGGCGGUGAAUCCGAAGAUGGAGGCACCGGAAAACAGCUCCGGCGCGGACGGAGUAGUUCCGGUGCAGAACAAGAGCGCUCAAACUGCGUUUUUCGGCGAGGACUACUUCAACCUCGCCUUCUCCGCUUCGAAAUCGUCGCCCCAUAGAUACAGCUGCAUCAGUCAAACUGUCUCGUCGUCGUCACUUGACGUGGGAGUAGUGCCAGACGACGGAUCCAUGGCGGAGAUACCGAACAUGCACGGUGGGGUGGCGAAUACAAUGACGGAGACGACAGCGCCGGCGGUGCAACUGUCGUCGGCGGAGAGGGAGGCUAGGGUUUUGAGGUACAGAGAGAAGAGGAAGAACAGAAGGUUCGAGAAGACGAUAAGGUACGCCUCGCGCAAAGCAUACGCCGAGAUGAGGCCACGGAUCAAAGGCCGCUUCGCCAAGAGAACCGAGGCUGGAGCCACCGCCGGAAUCUUGGACGGGUUCGGCGUCGUCCCAACGUUCUGAGUCAUCACCACCAACCGUGGAAAAAAAAAGACGGUAGCCACAGUUGAGAGAUAAUUAAUACUAUAUGUAUUAGUGAGACAAUUAAUUACAAAAUCCUCUAUUUAUAUGCUACGUUUCCAUUCCAAAGUAAAAUUCAGUCACUAACUUUGACUAAGUGCGCAAUUCUAGAAGAAAAGAACUGGGAAUUUGAUGGGAAUGGAAUUUAGCAUUUCGA